AUAUUGUUUACCUAUUGUAAACAUUUAAUUCCUUUUAAAAUGAGAAAAAGGAUGACAUUUACGACGUGUAUAAUUAUAUUAUUUUUCGUUAUUGUGCGAUUGGUUUGAGGAAGGCAUAUACAAUUGGUUAUGUAUAUGUGAUAUGAAUGAAGUUGUUUACGAUUUGUAUAACCAAAAAGUAUUAUAAUAUAUAGUUGUAAUAUUUAUACAUAGAUUUCUUUGAAAUAAGAAAACGGUAAUCAUGGUUGCCCGAACAUUAUUUAGAAAUUGGACUUCUCUACGUUUUCUUUGUAAUCAUUAUAAAGUCCAAAAUAGGAUUAGAAAUUUUAAAUAUAUUGGUGCUGGCGUUUUCACAGCAGUUAUGGCUUAUAGUGUUUCUGGAAUUACAGUUUUUGCAGCACAAAAUGAAAUAGACAUAAAAAAAUUCAUGGCAGAACCUAUUACAAAUGUUAAGGAAUUACAGAAAAAUGAUAAUAUGAGGAAAAAAGUAGAAUUGUUAGUAAUGAAAACUCAAGCAGAUUUUUGUAGAGCUUUAGAGUCAUUAGAAGAUCCAAAUUAUCAUUUCAAGAUUGAUCGAUGGACCAGAAAGGAAGGUGGUGGAGGAAUUACUUGUGUUUUACAAGAUGGAAAUGUUUUUGAAAAAGCUGGUGUAAAUGUAUCUGUUGUUACUGGUACAUUACCACCAAGUGCAGUGCAGCAAAUGAGAGCACGUGGAAAAGUAAUGGAUGACAAAAAACCUACACCAUUCUUUGCAGCUGGUGUAAGUGCUGUAAUUCACCCACGUAAUCCCAUGGUUCCAACAAUACAUUUUAAUUAUCGCUACUUUGAAAUUGAAAAUCAUGAUGGUUCAAUUCAGUGGUGGUUUGGAGGUGGUACUGAUCUGACACCUUAUUAUUUAAAUGAAGAUGAUGUAAAACAUUUUCACAGUACUCUAAAAGCCGCAUGUGAUAAACAUGAUCCAUCUUACUAUCCAAAAUAUAAAAAAUGGUGUGAUGAUUAUUUUUUAAUUACACAUAGAGGAGAACGUAGAGGUGUUGGUGGUAUUUUCUUUGAUGAUCUUGAUAUGCCAAACCAGAAUGAAGGAUUUGAAUUUAUAAAAUCUUGUGCAGAAGCUGUUAUUCCUUCUUACAUUCCAUUAGUUGAAAAGCAUAUGAAUGAUGCAUAUGGAUAUGCUGAAAGACAAUGGCAGUUAUUACGUAGAGGAAGAUAUGUGGAAUUUAAUUUAAUAUAUGAUCGUGGUACAAAAUUUGGUUUAUAUACUCCUGGUGCACGAUAUGAAAGUAUAUUAAUGUCUCUACCAUUAACUGCAAAUUGGCAAUACAUGCAUGAACCAGAACCGGGAUCAAAAGAAGCAAAACUUAUUGCUAUAUUAAAAAAUCCUAAGAAUUGGUUGGAUAAUUGAUGAAAACAUUAAUAUUCUACAUACAGUAGAAAUCAUGUUAAAAUAUCUUGUAUAUAAAGAAUAUUACCGGUUUUAUUAUUAGAAUUACCAUUAAAUGAAUAAUAUAAACUUAAAUGUUUAUGAUUUAUUAUAUCUUCUGUUUGAUCAGUGAAUCAAUUUCCAUUCUUAUGCUGUAUACAAGCACGGGUACAAAUAAAGAAAUGAAAUAAACGGUAAAAAUGUAAUAGUAAUCUAAAAUUGUAUAAAAUACAGCUGUACUUUUAAUACAUUUAAAUAUAUUUUUGAAUACAUAAAAUGAAUACAUUUGUACACUAAGUAUUUAAAGAAUUAAAUACUACCAUAAACUAUAAACUAUUUUAUAAAUGAAAACUACGUUUCAUAUUGAUAUACUUUCUAUAAAAGUAAUAUUCAUAUUUUACGAAUGUGUAUGAGCAGGUGCAUACGCGUAUACAAUUUCUUAAUGUUAUUUUAAGUAUUAUAUAAAAUAACUUUACUAUAUCAGUUACUGAUCUUUACAAAUACUGUUUAAUAUACAUAAAUUUAUUUAUAUUAAAAAUAAAAUCGAAAACUAUUUACAAUGUAUAAUAUUUACGAAGUACACGAUUAAAUGAGACGAUUUUUAUGUAUGUAAGGAUAUAUAACACACAAUGUCAUUGUAUUAAAAAUUUGAUAUAAUCUCAGUUUACUUAGCAAAACAUUCAGUCUUAGAAGAACACAUUUUAAAAGUUGCAAAAAGCUGGCUAAAGUUAUGUAAAAAUAUUAUAUUUUAAUAUAAAUUGUAUAUACUAUUAGUACAAAAAGAUCGAUAUAAAAUAAUAAUGAAAUUGUAUUAGAUAUAUAUGAUAACUUCAAUUCAAGAAAUAGAUAUAUGAAAAUAACAAAUAUUAAUGAAUGUGUCAACAUAAAUUAUGAUUACAUAAAUGCUAAAUGUCUUAUCCUCUGUGUAAACAUUAGGAUGAAAUGAGAAACUAGUUUGAUGUACAAAGUGUAAUUGCAAAAGUAUAAAAUUCGUUUGUAUUAACUAUGUACAUUCUUUCUUGAAUAAAUAAAUACUUUGAUAAGUUUGUGACACAAAUGUCUUACAUUUCUAGCUAAACAAAUAUUUGGCAUUCAGCAAAAAAUAGAAAGGUUAGGGGAAAAUAGAUUUUUGUAAAAAAAGAAUUAUUUUUAUCAUUGUAGGAACUAUACUCUGUAAAAACAGUAAUUUGAUAGAAUAAUGUAGAUGAUAGUUUCCUAGAUACAAAUGUAAACAUAUGCAGAAAUUAUGUUUC